CGUUCUUCCCCUCAACCCCAGCUGUUAGUGCUGUGUGAGUGCGCGUGUGCUCCUGAGCUUGCUCGGCACACAUUCUAUAAAAAAUAAAAAUACAAAAAAAAAUUCAAAAUCUUAAAAAAGCCAAAAAAUCAUUACUUUUUUCCUCUUUGCUUUCGUAACAAGUCGGAGAAGCUGGAGCAUAGACCCCGCGGACUGGACGGUAACGUAGAAGGAAAACGGCAGUUAAACGUUAACGAGAAUUUGAGUCGACGUGGUUCAGAAGAAAACGUUCAUGUUUAGAUUUCUGUUUUAAUCCCAGUGCCUCAGAGUCGAGUUACUCGUUUUAACCACAUAAAAAGUCGCCGUACUGUUAAAAUACGUUCGAGUUGCGGGUUAACGCCGAAUUUUAGCUCGUUUUGUUGGCGCGUGUCGUCGUCGUGCUACUCUGACGCAGCAAAGUAUUUUUUUUAUUUAAUUUUAAUCCAUCCAGAUAACAACUAGUGUCUUUAGUCGACCACCAUGAAUCCUAGCGCCCCAAGUUACCCCAUGGCCUCUCUGUACGUCGGAGACCUGCACCCAGAUGUGACCGAGGCCAUGCUGUACGAGAAGUUCAGUCCUGCCGGAGCGAUUCUAUCCAUCCGGGUGUGUAGAGACAUGAUCACCAGACGCUCCCUCGGAUAUGCCUACGUCAAUUUCCAGCAACCAGCGGAUGCCGAACGUGCUUUGGACACAAUGAACUUCGAUGUAAUCAAGGGGCAACCAGUGAGAAUCAUGUGGUCGCAGCGUGAUCCGUCCCUGAGGAAGAGUGGUGUUGGAAACAUCUUCAUCAAGAACCUGGACAAGUCCAUCGACAACAAGGCCCUCUUCGACACAUUCUCUGCUUUCGGCAACAUCCUGUCAUGCAAGGUGGUUUGUGAUGAAAAUGGCUCUAAAGGCUAUGGCUUUGUGCAUUUUGAGACUCACGAGGCAGCUGAACGAGCCAUUGAGAAAAUGAAUGGCAUGUUGCUGAAUGACCGAAAAGUAUUUGUUGGCCGCUUUAAGUCUCGCAAGGAGCGUGAGGCUGAGCUCGGUGCCCGAGCCAGAGAGUUCACAAACGUCUACAUAAAAAACUUUGGUGAAGAUAUGGAUGAUGAGAAGCUGAGAGAGGUCUUUAGCAAAUAUGGAUCUGCCAUGAGUAUCCGUGUCAUGAUGGACGACAACGGAAAAUCCCGAGGUUUUGGGUUUGUUGGUUUCGAGAGGCACGAGGACGCACAGAAGGCGGUGGAUGAGAUGAACGGGAAGGAACUGAACGGCAAACUGAUCUAUGUCGGUCGAGCACAGAAGAAAAUUGAGCGACAGACAGAACUGAAACGCAGGUUCGAGCAAAUGAAACAGGAUCGCAUGACCCGCUACCAGGGAGUCAACCUGUAUGUGAAAAACCUUGAUGACGGGAUCGACGACGAGCGACUGCGGAAGGAAUUUGCACCGUUUGGUACCAUAACCAGUGCCAAGGUGAUGACGGAGGGUGGACGCAGCAGGGGCUUUGGUUUUGUCUGCUUCUCCUCACCAGAGGAGGCCACCAAAGCAGUGACUGAGAUGAACGGACGCAUCGUGGCCACCAAGCCCCUGUACGUGGCCCUGGCCCAGAGGAAGGAGGAGCGACAGGCCCAUCUGACCAACCAGUACAUGCAGCGCAUGGCCACCGUACGUGCAGUCCCAAACCCAGUCAUAAACCCCUACCAGCCAGCCCCGCCCUCUGGAUACUUCAUGGCAGCCAUACCUCAGGCCCAGAAUCGUGCUGCUUACUACCCAGCAACGGGACAGAUGGCUCCACUGCGGCCCAGUCCACGAUGGGCCACUCAAGGAGUCCGGCACCAACAAUUCCAGAACAUGCCGGCAACUAUGCGUCCCUCAGCGCCCAGACCCCAGGGCCUCAACACCAUGAGACCUGCGUCUGUGCCUCGCAUGAUGUCAACCCAACGCAUGGCCACUCAGUCCAUGGGGGCCAGAACCACCAGUGCUCCCACCGCCAUGUCCAACCAAGUGCGUGGAGUCCCUCAGUACAAGUACGCUCCCGGGGUCCGCAAUCCUCAGCAGCACAUGAGCAACCAGCCACCGGUGAACAUGCAGCAGCCUGCUGUUCAUGUUCAAGGUCAGGAGCCUCUGACUGCUUCCAUGCUGGCUGCUGCUCCUCCACAGGAGCAGAAGCAGAUGCUGGGUGAGCGCCUGUUCCCACUGAUCCAGAACAUGCAUCCCAGUCUGGCAGGGAAAAUCACUGGAAUGCUACUGGAGAUUGACAACUCAGAGCUGCUCCACAUGCUGGAGUCUCCAGAGUCUCUGCGCUCCAAGGUGGAUGAAGCUGUUGCUGUUCUCCAGGCCCACCAGGCCAAAGAAGCUGCCCAGAAGCCCGGGACAAACCCAGCUGUUGUCCCAAGUGUCUGAACCCAAGGAAUGGACAACCUUGUGACGAUUUUCAAAGGGGGAAAAAACGACCAAAAAAAUAGAAUUUUACAACAAAAAGACACAAAACAGAGUAAAAGACAUUUAAUUAAUAAAAAAAAAAUUGAAACAAGGAACCAGUCAGGCUGAACGGACCUGGCUUGCUAAAUUAAAGAGAAAAAAAAUAAACAAAAAAAUAGAAAAUGGAAAAAACUAAAAACUGCUUUAUGGUGGAUUUUAGAGGAGACUUGAGUUAAAUGCAUUCCUUUCUGCUAUUUUAUCCAUUUUAAAUGUUUGAAUGCUGCGGCUGCUGAAGCCUCUUAUUGUAAUGACCUUUACUUUGAUCUUUGCUUGCUUCAAUAAAAAGGAUAAAAUAUUA